CAGUAGCGUGAACGCGCGCAGUGGUGCGCCCGCUCAGAGGGGGAGAAAGAGCCGCCGAGGAGGGCAGAAACACAAGAGAGGGGCAAGUCUUUCUACGACAGCACCGCGGCUCGGGAACAAACCAACUGAGUAGAGCUGGCUGGAAUGGAGCUGAGCGUUGCCAUUCUGAGCCGUUUCGAGUCGUCUAUCUAAGCCGGGGCAUUUCGCGUAGAGCCUGGGGGCCAGUUUGCUGUUGGUCCCGGGGGUUUGUGGAGCCCGUGUGAAUCUGUUGCUAGCAGCGCUCGAAUGCUAGUUAGCCCCGCUGCUAAGCAGCUAGCCAACGCUGCGAGUCAAUUGUGUCGGAGAUCUCGGAAAUACGUGUAAAAAAGCGGUUACGCUCAUCCGCCGCUCUCGGGACGCGUUUUGACCGUUGAGUUUUUGCUUUUUCCUAAGUGAGGGACGCUAAUAAGCGAACGCUAGAGUUUCAAUUUCGAUUUAUUGUCAGCGGAGAGUUUUUUUUCCUCCUCUCUAUUAGCUUGUUAGCUGCUCUGCUUGGUUUAGUCCAGCUUGUCGGAGAUUUCUACUGUAAUAUCUGUCAGCGACUACAGCCCCUUGUUCGCGUAUUUGUGGACAUGAAUGAUUGUAUCGCGGACUGAGAGUCGUUUAGAGAAGCGAUGCUUUGAGAUGCCGCGCGUGGGGUACUUCAUGUUUCCAGGGACGCUUUUAUUUUCUUGUUAGACUGCUUUAUGGGAGUGCUAGUGUGCAGGGUUAUGCUGUAGAUAACACUAGAAUUAAAACAUCGUUUUUCUUCCCCACAUGCGAACCGCUUAUCCACCUUCAUCCAUCCACCGCGCGUCGUUUUGAUGUGGUUAAAGCCCACGUUUCAGUCGCACUCUCGUUGUUUUCUCAUCUAGUGGUCCGCUCGGCUCCACGCUUGUGUUCACGCCGUCCGUGGUACAUGGUCGCUGAGACAGGGCGCUGAAACACGCUUUCAUUGGUUUGCGGCGGGGAAACGGCGAGAUUCGGCUCGAGGUAUUAUGGAUGAUCAGACCCGAAUGCUGGCUGGCCUGGGCGGACUCGGCGGACUCUCUCAAGCCGAUGUGGGUGACCCCGAUUCGGUUCGGAAGCAGCAGUCCCUCGGUCAGCCGCAGCAAGACAUAGGGGAUAUUCUCCAGCAGAUCAUGGCCAUCACCGACGAGAGCCUCGACGAAGCCCAGGCGAGAUGCUGGCCAGAGGAGGCACCGGCGCAGUGGACCCCACAGAGGGAGGGGGAGCUGGGGGGGAGUACAGCAGGGUGUGCCCUGCCGCUCAACUUCCAGCACAGAAAACAUGCACUGAACUGCCACAGGAUGAAGCCGGCUCUCUUCAGUGUUUUAUGCGAGAUCAAAGAAAAAACUGUGCUGAGCAUCAGAGGUGUACAGGAGGAGGACCCUCCAGAUCCCCAGAUCAUGCGUCUGGAUAACAUGCUGCUGGCCGAAGGAGUGUCUGGUCCUGAGAAGGGCGGCGGAUCAGCGGCGGCGGCCGCAGCUGCAGCAGCGGCUGGAGGAUCACCGAAUGACGGCAGCAUCGAGCACUCUGACUACAGAGCCAAACUCGCACAGAUCCGCCAGAUCUACCACUCCGAACUAGAGAAAUACGAACAGGCUUGCAGUGAGUUCACCAAUCACGUGAUGAACUUACUGAGGGAACAGUCCCGCACACGGCCCAUCUCGCCCAAAGAGAUCGAGCGCAUGGUGGCCAUCAUCCACCGCAAGUUCAGCUCCAUCCAGAUGCAGCUCAAGCAGAGCACCUGUGAGGCCGUCAUGAUCCUGCGCUCUCGCUUCCUUGAUGCCAGACGUAAGAGACGCAACUUCAAUAAGCAAGCCACAGAGGUGCUGAAUGAGUACUUCUACUCUCACCUCUCCAACCCUUACCCCAGUGAGGAAGCCAAGGAAGAGUUGGCCAAGAAGUGUGGGAUCACUGUCUCUCAGGUCUCGAAUUGGUUUGGCAACAAGAGAAUUCGGUACAAGAAGAACAUUGGUAAGUUCCAAGAGGAAGCAAACCUGUACGCCGUUAAAACAGCCGUGGAUGCUGCCAAUGUGUCGGCACAGGCCAGCCAGGCAAACUCUCCAGCAACACCCAACUCAGGUGGAUAUCCUGCACCGUGCUACACACCUGACGGCAGGCUAUGAAGAUCUGUCAGGAAGUCCUCUUUACGCCCCACACCAUCUAAACGCUAACAACAGCUGGCAAGACAACACCAACCCUUCCUCCAUCACCUCUCCACCAGGACCACCUGGCAGCAUCCACUCUGACACCUCCAGCUAAUGAGGCUGGCACCACACACACACACACACACCCACACACACACAGAGCAUCUCACCAUCCAGUCUCGCCCGUUCUCUCCUGCUCACAGCUUUCGUCCUUCACUCUAGCAGAUGUAAAGGUCUUCCAUAGUCCUCGUUCCACUUGGUGUGCCAGGGUUCACACGCUGAACCAGACUGAAACACACGCACUCUUCAAGCAAAAGACACAGAACGUCACAUUUGCUGAGGAUGAAAAAAAAAACAAACGUCCUCCACAAAGGUCUUCACAAAGGGUGGACGGUCUACGCCCAACUCCAUGUUACCUUUCCUGUUUCGACCUGUCAUGAUGGGGAUUACGCAACAGCUCCCUCCUUGCUUUUACCAAAGUGCUGUCAACGGUUGUUGCACCUUCUGCUCUUCGUAGAACAACCUCAGACAACUAAACCACAAAAACACCCUUCAGCCUGCUUUUUAAUAUGGUUUCCAGUCACUGCUUCUGGCUUGCUCACAAAACAAUCUGUUCUGCAUUGUUCAACAUUGUGUUAAGCACAAAUCCUGUCAAUAACACUUUGAGCUGCUGGUUGGAUGGAGAGAGCUCCGGAUCCAUCAGUGUAAAAGUACGCUUUAACUAGCUGAUGGCAGGAGAGUACGGUGUGAAACGGGAGAAACGCGGAUGAUGUGCGGUCGGCUACUACGUGUUUCCUCAGUCUACUGUCUCAACAGAGAUGCUGACGUUGACCUUGAUUUUAAUAGUUUAGCUACACUAUUUUUUCCUGCAGCCUUUUGUCCCCCUUUAAAGAUGCACCAGCCACCAAAUAAAAGACCCGACGAGAACUCUAAGCCCUUGUGUUCGGGAAAAGGGGUGUGGACGGAUAGCUGGAGUAUUCGUUUGGAUUGGGACACGGGUGGGUAUUUAGAAAUAUUUUUAAAGGGAAAGAAGAAAUAAUAUUCCACUGUCUUCCAUGCAUGUAGGGUGUUGAGAUGUUUUAGUGAUUCCAUUUAGCCUGUUUUUGUUUUUUUUUUUUUGACAAAAAAAAAAAUUAAUAAUAAUUAUAAAAGCAGAGGGUGUGAAGAACAGACCAAAUAAACAAAUGAACUUCUCCAGAAAUGAAAACUUCAUACUGCCCAAUCCAGUACUUCGUGCUGGUGUUUGGUUCUCUAGGAUUUGCGGGAUAUUUUAUCGCACGUUUUCAUAACCGUGACCACGUUUCGUGAAAACCUUUCUGAGGAGGCCAUAGCAGUUAACCAAUAACUGUUACAGAGACCGAGGAGUUCUUUUGGUUUGCCGUGUGCUGUGGCCUCUCAUGGUGUUUUCUAAGGGUUGGGUUGUCUCGUCACUCACUCGUGCUUUUGAACUGAUUGUAUUGUACGUGCAAUUGAAAGCACCUGUUCCUUGGUAAAGCAUGCUGUCUUUUUUUUUUUUUCUUUUGUUGUUGUUGUUGCCUACAAUUUCACUAAACAAAGGAACUCUGUUGUUUUGUAAUCAGUUAACAUAGCCAAGCAACAAGGGCUUUUCUCCUUUCAAAUUUAACCAAAAAUAAGCACUGGAUGUGUUGUGAUUUGAAACAGAUGGACUAAAGCUAGUAAAGGAACAUCAGAUGAAUUUAUAUUUACUCUUUCCAGACAAGUUGUUUGUAUUCCCGGAACUUGUUUUUAUGGUUUGCGUGUUAUUUUUUCCCCCCCUCUUUUUUUUUUUUUUCCAAGUUUACCUUUAGUCGCGGAAGCACCAGGGCGUUUUGAUAUAUGAAUGGAAAUUCUAUAUAUUACACAAAUGACUAAAUAACAUUGAAAUGUAAAUUGGGGUUUUGUUUAUAUGUACACAUGGAAAAACAAACUCUGAGGAGCUUUUCAAGCUAUUAUUGUGUCCUCUAUAGAUUACUGUUAGUUAUAAACAUUUCAUAUGGAUAUCUCCAACUAAUGCUAUUACUACACCAAAUUUCUUUGUUUUCUUUUCUAUCAGUCAUCUAUGGAUGUCACUGUACAGAUUGUGGAAUGUUUCAGUGUAUUUUCUCUUUUUGUACGCUUUUAUUUUUGUUGUUUUGUUUUUAAUCGCUGGGGGCUUUGGAUUCGCUCAUGAGCAAGAGUAAUAUUUGUUAGUCUCUGUAAUAUUCAUUUUAGCGUUUCAGUUACAUUUUAUUUGGAGCGGGAGUCUCGAGUGUUAUUUUUUUUUGUGUGUGGUUUUGUCCAAGCUGGUAGCGUUUGUUUGAGGUGCUGUGAAAAUCCACUCGGUCGAUCAUCACUACUAACUGACAACAAGAAUAAUAAGAAUAAAUUUAGGAGUAAAUGUAUUAAUUAAUGUAACAGUAUAAUGAUUUUGAACACUACAUAUCAAAGGUAGAUUUGUGGUUCCUAAAUGAAUUUUUCCCAGAAGAAUCAGUUUGGAAACUUGGGAUUAUGAUCUGAGAUGGAUUCCACAGCACUGUAUCAAAUGACAUCAGCAUUUUUUUUCUCGAUUUUUAUCAUUAUUUUACUAGAAUUGUAGUACACGCUUCCUUCUGUAUUUACCAUUCUCUCCCUCCUCUCUACCUCUCCUCUCUCCAUUUCACUUGUAUAUAAACCCCACCAUUUUCAGACUUGGUAGUCUGUAUAAACUCCUUUUAUACCUCAACUUUAGAACUGUUCUAGUGAGAGAGAAAAAAAGAAAUAUGAGAAAAUUGUAGUGUUCCUUAUUAGAAAAACAAAAACUAAUAAAAUAAUCUAGUGUGCUUUUGA